GUCCGGAAACACCACGCGACGCGAACGCUGAAAACAUCGUCAGAGCCACAACCGUCUCAAAGCACAUCGCCAGUUUCUCGAAUUAUACUUCACCUCACAAUCCACAGACAUGGCGAUAAUAUCAGCAAACACCAUGAUACGCAGUAUCGCACUGUUCCACCUCACACUCGCAGUCGUCCUGCUCAAGAAUCCCGCCCUGAUAUCAAACCAAGGGGUCGUUCUCCUGCUAGGAGAAUCAAUGCAACUUCCAACACCCCGCGACUUCAACAAAACCUCCGCAGCAACGGCCUUCAUAGCCGUCCUCUUCGCCUUCAUCGGCCUCUCCGACCUAACCGCCCUCUCUCUUCACGAAGACGUUUUCGACCAUUUCUGGGGCCUACAAGCACCUAUGCGUCUCCUCUUUCUCUUUGGUAUCACUGCAUACUCGUACAUGUUCAAGGAAGGAGGCAUGUUCGCUCCUAGGGGCGUCGACUUCAGGAUGAGCACCGGUGCCAGUCUGAACAACAGCUUCAUCUUCACAUGGGGAUUUAUGGAGGUUUCGGCAUGGUUCUGGGUGUUUACCACGUUGAGGGAAGAGCGGUCAGCGAAGGCCACCAAACUGGCUGAGAAGGAGGCUCGGGAAGCUGAGAUCAAUACGCUAUAGGGUGGCUAUAGGUAUUUGGUUACCCUUCAGACACAUCGAAAGCGAACUGCCGACGCCCGAUUUGCACGCAGAGACUGGCUCUCUGCCGAUAUGUUAUAAAAGAAAGAUUGG